AUGAUGAGCGGCGAGAUUGAUGCGCUCUAUAUCUACGAUGAGCAUAAUCAACCUCUUGUAGAGCACGUAUAUCGCUCGCGCCCGCCAUCUGCGGCAACACUCCGGCCGCUAUACUUCGCCCAUCGAGUCCCGCGUCCUUCCCUACUCUACUUCCCAAAUACCUCGCCGCCGGUAACCGUGUUCUCGGUGGUCCAGUCGAAUCUACUCUUCCUAGCAGUAUCGGAGGUAGAUACGGAGCCGCUCCUAGCGCUUGAGUUUCUACACCGGGUUGUUGAUGUGCUGGAGGAGUUCGUCGGGGCGCCGUUGAUCUCGACCAAGAUCCAGUCGAACUACGAUGUGGUAGCUCAGCUGCUGCAUGAAAUGUGUGAUGGAGGGCUGGUAUGCAAUACAGAGCUCAAUGCGCUGCAAGAGGUGGUUGAUAUGCCUGGGUGGAUGGGAAAGCUGUUGGGCGGGGUUGGGUCAUCAUCUUCUACGCCAUCAUUGGGAGGCCCUAAUUCCCUGAAACCACCGUUGUCAUCAGCCGCUUCACAGGGUCCUGCGAUCCUGUGGAGAAGGCCCAAUGUGCGACAUACGUCCAAUGAAUUAUACGUUGAUAUCGUCGAAUCGCUCUCCGUUACAAUCGCACCUUCCGGACGUCUGCUCUCCGCGCUGGUCUCGGGGACAAUUGCAUUCACGGCUAAGAUAUCAGGUGUCCCCGACCUGCUUCUAUCGUUGACGACUCCGGGAGGACAACAAGCUAUUGGACGUAAGAUGGAUCUACCAGUGUUCCAUCCGAGUGUCCGACUAGCGAGAUGGAGGGAGCGACCAGGGGACCUUAGCUUUGUCCCUCCCGAUGGUCGUUUUAUCCUUGCAGGGUAUGGGGUAGACCUGCUCCCCAUUGACCCGGACCUUGACGAACCGCCAAGUCACAUGGAGAAGCUCUUCCUACCUGCUUUUGUGGACAUGCGGAAAUCAUUAGGACCCACAGGAUCUGAAUUCGAGGUCCGCUUGACCCUUAACACCAGCUUCCCGGGCGUCGCAUCCGCUGCACGACCGGGAGCAGGACGCGCCAACUCAGGCACAUCGACGCCUUCAUUCCUUGGUGGUGGUGGAGGCGGGACUCCCUCUGCACCAGUCCUGGAUGAAGUCGUCGUCACAGUACCAAUACCCCAGUUGGUCCGGAACAUCACGGACAUGCAAGCCAGCCGGGGCGAAGCCAUUUACAACCCCGGGAGCGAUGUCCUCGAAUGGCGUGUACCAACCAAAGACGCAGGAACCGUCUCCGGAACAGCAACUCUUCGAUGCACCGUAAGCGGUCACCAAACAGGCGACGAAGACGUGGAAGACGAAGCAGCCGAAGCAGACACGAAUCUCUUGCAGGGCUAUUAUGACCCGUCGACAUCUUACCAAGACGGCACGGGGAUGGACCCAUCAGUCCGCAGGAAACGGAAAACAAAGAAAAAAAAGAAGACCAAGAAGGUCUCUAAAUCCAAACACGCCUCCGCAGACCCAGACCAACAACAACAAUCAGAAACACAACCAGAAGCCUCCGAUCCGCAUCUCUCCAUCCCACAGUCCCCAACGCCACAACAGUCCUCUCCCAUCGCCUCCUCCCCAUUACCCCCAUCCUCUCCUAACCCUACAUCCCCACUACGAUCAUCACAACCAUUUCCGCAAUCAAUCUUCCGCCCCGCGCCCCGCAAAACAAAAACACAGCUCAACGCAUCCCUCAUGCCAGACUCCGUCUCUGUCUCCUUCGUCGUCCAGGGAUGGCUUCCCUCGGGGAUCAAAGUCGAUAGUCUGAACAUCGAUCCCAGACGGAGUCGCGGGCUAGGCGAGGGCGUGAGGCCAUAUAAGGGGGUGAAGUAUCUGUGUGUUAGUCGGAGGGGGGUGGAGGCGAGGUGUUGA